AUGGACGAAUAUAUGAAAAAUUUUUUUGUUCUUAAUCGCCUUUUAGUAUUCUAUUAUUAUUAAUUAGUUUAAAUGACAGACAGCACAUGUCCUUUCUGUAAAAACAAUGGUUACUUCGAUCAAAGUACAUCCUCAACAUAUUGUAAAACAAAAUCUUGCAAUAACAGGGUCAUUUAAUUCGGAACAAUUAAUUAUGAAGAUGAAAAUAAAUUGGGUGACGUUGAUCAACCAGGAAAUAGAUAAUCUAGAAAUGGAGGAUAUGAAAAUAAAAUUGUUGCUUAUAAAGAACAGCUUUGUGAAAAGUAAGGAAUAAGCGAUUCUAAACAGAGAAAAUAAUUUUAAGAAAAAUUUGAAGCUGGAGAACAUCAAAUAUACAAGUUGAAUAGAUAUUUCAAUAUGAAUGAGGCAUUCACUAACGAUGCCAUCUAUAAAUACAGAUUCUACAUGAAAAAUAUAUCGAGCGAAAUUUCGAGAAAAACAUUUUUGGACAUAUCUUCUUAUGUAUUCUAUCUAACUAUUAAAGAAAGAUAGUCAAAGCAUUAUUAUGAUUAAAAAUUAGGCAAAAUUACAUUAGAAGAAAUAGCUAAAUAUUCCAAUAAGACGGCUCAAUAAAUUAAAUAAGCAAUUAGAGUUUUAAACAAUAAAACAAUUGGCUUCACUUUAGAAUCAGAUGAUCGUAGUUAACAAGACAUCUGCUAAUAAAUUGCACUUAAAAUCUAGAAGCACAAUCUACCAUUUACUGAAGAUGAAACUUUUGCAAUUAAGGAUAUCCCGCGUAGACUUAUGGAUAGCAGUAUUAUCAGAGGUGAAAAAACUUCAACAAUUGCAUGGUAAUAUUGUAUAUUAAUGGCUAGUGUUGCUGAAUUCAUGGUAUCAUAGCUAUCCAGCAAUCCUAGAUUAAAUAUGUUAACUAUCGAUUAACUUGCUUAAAUGAAUGAGGUAUAAAAAGACACAGUUAAAAAAUUAUGGAAUGCUAUUAUUGAUAAUUAAUCUUCGCAAAAUCAUAUUUCUAGAUGGGAAGGAUAAAGAUCAAUAACAGAACUAAAGCAUAUAAACUGA